AUGUAAUAAGAGAUAAGCAAUACUUCCUUUUAGAUGUAAUGUAAACGAAAACAUUUCAUAAAGGAUAAGAUAUAUCAUCUACUUUUAGAUGAUGAUCGCAUAAAAAUAUCGGAGGUAAGAAAACAUCAGUCUAAAAGAGACAGUCAAUUUUCAAUAAUCAAAAUAUCUACUUGAACUAAAUUUUGAAAGUUAAAUGUAUUGGAAGACAGAGUAGGAUUAACUUGUCGCAUUUGGUAUAAAGUAUCAUAAAACUCUGAAAUGGUUUCAUGCUAACAGUUCUGAUUUAUAACAUCUAUAUAAAAACUUAUUUGGUAGAGUAUUCUUUGGAAACAUAUCAACCAUUUAUGAUAGUAAAGAAAUAUUAGGUUCUGGAGCUUCAUCAAAAGUAUAUAGAGUUAUUAAUAAAUUAACACAUUGUUAAUUUGCUUCAAAAUGCAUUCGUAAAGACUAUAUCUAUAAGAGAGAAGACAAAGAAAGAUAUGUAUAAAUAUAUGUGAUUUAGAAUCGAAUGAUUUAAGAGAUUGAAUUAAUGAGAAAAUUAGAUCAUGAAGCUAUUGUUAAAAUGAUUGAUAUUUUUGAAGGUGAAAAGUCUUUCUAUAUCAUUCUUGAAUUAUUAUAGGGUGAAUCAUUGCAUUAGUUUUUUAAAAAACACUCAUUAACACUUACAUAAAUAAGAUAGAUAAUAAGUGUAUCAAUUUAUUCAUAUGAUAGAGAUGUUUAUAAGCAUUAUGCUAUUUAGACAUACAUAAUAUAAUACAUAGAGAUUUAAAAUUAGAAAACUUAGUUUUGAAUGAAAAAGGAAAAGUGGAAUCUCUAAAGAUUAUUGAUUUUGGUCUUGCAAUUUAUACAUCAAAUCCUUAAAGAUAAUUAUGUGGAACUCCUGGUUAUAUAGCUCCAGAAAUGUUCAUUGAAAAAUAUCCUUAUACUACUAAAGUUGAUAUUUUUAGUUUAGGAACAAUAUUUUAUAAAUUAUUAUGCAAGAAAUCAUUAUUUAAUGGAAAUACAAGUGAAGAGAUUUUAGAAAAUAAUAAAAAGUUUUUAUGGAAUAAUCAUCUUAAAAAUUGUUCAGAUGAAACUAUUGAUUUGAUUAAAUAAAUGCUUUAAAAAGAUCCAAAUAAAAGAAUAUCAGCUUGCCAAGCUCUGUAACAUCCUUUUUUUAUGGAAAAAUUUAUUGGUAUUUAUUGAAUUAGAUUUAAGGAGAGUAAGGAGUCGCUGAAGAAAGUCCUCAUGAAAUAGUGAGAACAUUUCCACAUACAAAACCUAUGUAAAUCAUUAACUCAAAUGAUAAUAUUGCAGAUAUUAAGAUUUAAGCUAUUAAGGGAAGUUAAUAAAGCUUUGAUUAAAGCUUAGGAUCAAAUUAUUAUCCAUCUUUUGAUGAGGGUUAUAAUAAAUAAAAAAAUGGAAGUGAUCAUAUUAUUGAAUGA